CCAUACUGUGCAAUGGAACACUUAGCUAAUCAGUGUUCGACCUCCAGUAAACGUGUGUCGGUUCCUGAUGGAAGUACACCACACAAACCCAAAGAAAAGAAAGCCAAAAGGCACCUUUACGAAGACCAAUUAGAAAAUAUCUCUUUGGUGACCCGACCUCUAGUCCAAAGAUCCCAUCAUUUACCACAAGAAAAGGACCUAUGCCCUUAAAGUCGCCAGUGAAACUACACAAAUGGUCUCUUGAAGAAGACAGAGCCUUUGAGUUUAUUGGAGUAGCAAGAACUGAUCCUAGUUAUGAGUUUGACUUUGAUUUGUCACCAACACCUUGGCCAUCAUUCAGAUCAUCACAUAAAUUUUGGUCAGAUGCUGCAGUUCACAUUAAAACACUGACACCAAUUCAAAUUUUCUUUUAGCAAAUUCAAGAGUGAGAUCACGUGUCACCAAUACUUUGAGGGGGAAAUUCAAAACCAUUGAGGAAGCUGAGACAGAACUUGACCUACCUGUUACUGGUAGUUGCAUGGCAAUUGAUAAUAUCCAGCCACUCAAGACAAGAGGUGUCCACAAAAAUACACAGACAGUGGAAAUGCAUGACAAAGAUCAGCAGUCAGCCCAGAUAUGUGAACCAUGCACACCCAUACAGUUAAAUACACUGUUUCUUAAAUUGGCAAAUGAUGCUUGUAUAACGACAAACCCAUCUAACUUCGCCAGUUUAGCUUUAAAGGCAAUAAUGGUACUGGAGGAACAUGGCAAGUCCAACCUUCUAUACAAGUUUGCAUACUGCUUAGCUACAAACCCUCCAGGAAUUAGCAGACCUUUGUUUGACCCCACAAGAAUGCCAUUUGGCCUGGUGGAAUACCAGAUAGAAUUCUUUAGUUGCACAAACAUAACACAGAUCAGGAUCCCAGAUGAUUACCAUAUGUGGCAUGAAACAAUGUGUGCUGAGUUUCCCAACCGAUUCAACAGACUAUUUAGAGGCCCAAUGUGGAGCGGUACUAACCAAGAAUUGUCAAAAAACCCUCUUCAUGCAAAGGUUAAUGUUGCUGGACCAAGCACAAGGAAUAUUCAAAAGAAGGCAGCAGUAUCUGAUUUUGUUGUUGAACCUAAGAUACAAGUUGAGGCACUAAAGCAGCUGAAAGCAUCCAAUCCCAAAGGGCGUUUCUGGAUUAAAGCCGACGCAUUUGAUGUCAGUGCUGCUCUCCAAGAGUCUGUAAAGGGAACCUGGAAUGGAGAUGUGGAUCUGGGGGACUACAGGCUUCAGCAACUGAGGAAAGAUUAUGAUAAGAGAAGAAUGUCAAGCUAAAGAACUCAGAGAAGAUAGACAGUGCAUUGAAAAUCACAUAAAAAAGCAAGUUGAUUUCCUGGAGUUGGAUAUAAGGUUCUUGGCAAAUGGGCUGGUACUGGCAGAGGAAGCAUAUCGUAAGAAAUUCCACUGCCCAACUACCUCAGCUGAAAUGUUGAAAACCUUAUGCUGGGAAAGAGUUGAAUACAGCACUCUGUUACAACAGGCACAAGGUUUUAAGGACAAAUUGGAAUCAAUGGUAGGAAUGCUGGAUCCCAAUCCACCACGUACAAGAGACGUGAUGAAAGCAUUCAAAAAUUUACAAGAUGAUAUGCUAAAGUAUCUGAGGAAUUUGUUUAUCAAGAAGAGGCAACCUGCUGCUACUCAUGUUCUCCUUUUCCUUGUGUGUGAUGGUAGUCAUACUUUGCUCUGUUUCGCUAUUUGCGUUUGUUUUAUAUCUGCCUUCAAUUUUAACAUCUUAAUGAAGUAUUUUUUUCAAAUAGCUGAACUAUAUUACAUGAUCAUGAUAAAGGAAGACAAAAUGACCCGAAAGCCAAAGAGCGGUACGUACGUACUCACUAGCGCCACAGGUAUACCAAGACAAGUGCUCGAUUAUCAUUACUCAUCAAGCAGAUGUUUCACCCUCAUUAUCUGUAGGUAAUACGCAAUAAAUGGGUUUAUAUAAAUCCUCGCUAAGCUGUGAGCCAACUACUUGAUGUAAUAUUCCUUAAUCCGUACCCAGCAGAAUAUCUUCUUUAAUCUGUGGUUACAUUUAUGGAAAACAAUUCCCUUAGGAAAUGAUAAUGCUGAAUUUAUUUAAUCAGUUUUCAGAACCUUAAUCGGUGUAAAGUAAUAUCUUUUACUCAAAACAUAUCAAUAGUUAAGAUGGUAUCUGUUGUGUUUUAACGUUUUAUAUGUAUAACUUGUUGUUAAAGAUAGCGGAAAAAGCAAGCUUAGAAAGGCGAAUGGAGAAGUAUGAACCAACCAAAAAACUGCAAACCUUAAUAAAUGCUAUAUUCUUUUCAAGAGCACACAACUGAUCAGAUACAACUGAUCAUGAAUGACAACAGGAAAGAAAAGGGAUAUAAAAAAGACAGUAAUUUCAGAGUAUUCUCUCAAGCAGAGUUUCAAAAAAAAACUAGAACCGUGAAUAUUGUGCAUCACUUUUUUUCAUUUUUCAUUACAGUUGGACGUCAAAAACG